UUUCCCCCCAUAUUUUUCUUCGAUCGUAAUAAAGCUAGGGUUUUUAGGGUUGUACAACGGCGAUGAUUUCAGGGCGUAUGAGAUGUGGAAUCCCCUUCUUCCAAAGGAUUCUCAGGAUGGCGGAGGCUGCUCAGUCCCUUGAAAACCCUAGCGCCGUCAAGCGCCAGUUGUUACCUCCCCAAACUAGUCAACUGGCGAGACAUUCACAUCUCACACUUGGUGCAUUUCAAAGAUACAGCUCUUCUUCAACAUCUCGUGAACCGAAUGACAAGGAGUCUAACCAAUCUCAGGAUAGCAAUAAUGAGUCUACAAAGACGAACAAUGAGACUGCAGCUCCAGAGCAAACAGAAGUUGCAGGUUACAGUUCUGAAUCCAAACAGCCAGAGCCCCAGUCAACCAAAAAGAGGAGGAGUACUAAACGAACUAAAUUUUCUGAUUCAGAUACAGAGCCUGAUCUAUCUGCUGAUGAUCUAGUAAAGGUAGUUGCAGAGAAGGAAGAGCAACUGAAAUUGAAGCAUAAGGAGAUUGAGAAAAUGCAAGAUAAAGUUUUCCGCAGCUAUGCCGAAAUUGAAAAUGUUCUAGACAGGACAAAACGUGAGGCGGAAAACACAAAGAAGUUUUCAAUACAGAACUUUGCUAAGAGCCUUUUAGACGUUGCUGAUAAUCUUGGAAGAGCUUCAUCUGUUGUUAAGGAUAGCUUUUCUAAGAUUGACUCAUCCAAAGACACUGUUGGAGCUGUGCCACUUUUAAAAACUCUGUUGGAGGGUGUGGAGAUGACUGAGAAACAACUGGGAGAGGUGUUCAGGAAAUUUGGGGUGGAGAAAUUUGAUCCCGUGAAUGAACAAUUUGAUCCGAACAGGCAUCAUGCUGUAUUCCAGAUCCCUGAUGCUUCAAAGCCACCUGGCUCUGUUGCUGCUGUUCUGAAGCCUGGUUACAUGAUAUAUGAUCGAGUCCUUCGUCCAGCUGAAGUGGGGGUUACCGAUGCCACAAACGAAUAAUCUGAUAAAAGACCAGCUGAAGUAGGGGUCACUGAUGCCACAAAUGAACAAUCUGAUAAAAGUCCUGAGCAUGAAAGCUUAAGUGAGGCCACUCAAUUUUGUGGCUGUAGACUUCCCAGUUAUUUGUGUAAUCUACUGGUCACUGGAGUUAGCUUUUAACCUUGUCGACAUCAGACGCAUUAGCAAUAAGCGAAAAGUUCUAUUUGUCGAAGGGAGGUUUGCUGUUUGGUUAGCGUGCAACACUCUGAUGGUCAUAAGGGCAUCUCCAACCCAGCCCCAUUUUGGUGCAAACAGUGCUUUUUGUUGCACUGUUCUUUCUCCAAUUCAGCCCCAUUUUCUGCUCCAUUUUGGUGCAAAUGAACAGUGCUGUACCAAAUAUGGCGUUGCACUGUUCAUCCGCCCCAUUACUGUUCACUUUUUAAAAAAAAUUUAACUA